AUGUCCGCUGUCCUCUCCACGGCAACUCUUGAGCCACAUCUCGUUCAAAGGUUGAACCAGAUAGUGGCCAGGUGGACUGCUUCCAACCACGAGCCCUCUCCUCUUCUGCUGCAUCUUUACCGGAACUCACAGAGCAUAGACGUCCUCGACCGAGUCAUUCGCAACCAUAUUUCUCUCAUCAACCGGCGGUCCCAGGAUGCCGCGGACGGCGAGAUUAGUCUCUAUGACCGGGCAUUGGUGGCAAUUGGUCACAAUGGAUUCGAAAUUGGCUCCGAAGUGCAAGACUUCUACCUCACCGAGUUCCUUGGAGCUGAUAUCUCCUGCUCUGUCAAUCAACAGGUCGCCUCCGACUACAUAGAUUUCAAUCUUGACUUGGAAAGAGCUUGCGGAUUUGGUGAUACUGAAAGCGUAAGCGGAGCUGCCGGCGCCACCGUCAACCCCAGCACUGGUCAUGGGGGCUCAGGUAUAAUGGGCACUCGAGACGCGUCUGGACGACCCGGCUCGCCCUGCCACGGGAUCAGCAUCCAGCCGAACAUCAAUCGCCUGGUCAUCCGAUUCCGCCAGGCCAAGAACGAGUUCUACCGUUACAAUGAGACCAACACGGAUACUGAGUCCUCGGUCCGGUUCCUGCGCGACACUGCAGAGAAUGCGUUGCAGUACCUGCGGGCCAACGGGCGUCCCAACCAUCCUCUCAUCCCAGACAUUGAAUAUCAUUUCCGGCUCGCCCGCGACCGCGCCGCGCAACUCAGCGGGGGGCGUCAGCGCCGCUUCGAAGACUCUGACCGGCAUGGCCGGGGAUCGCGUCGUGAGAAUUCCAGGCGUUAUGUGGGCGAUCCUACUCCGCGAGCCAGAGCCCAUGAUACACCUCGUGGCAACAAUGGACGUCCAGUCGAGGAAGCCUCCAAUGACAGGAACAGCGGCAACAGUAACGGUAGCAAAAACGUGGCAAGCCCUUGUCCUUCGAACAAACGCAAGCGCGCCGUCAAUAGCUACCGCCCUUCUCGUGACAGCUAA